AUAUAACUUCCUUCCUUUGCUGCUACUGCUACCUCACCUGUGCUGUGCUGUGCUGUGCUGUAUUCAAUCUCUGUCUCUCUGUCUCUCUGUCUCUCUGUGUCUCACAAGCCAAACCCUUUUGUCUUUCCUCUUCUCUUUCUGACUUUGAACUCUCUUUCAUUCUCUUCUUUAAUCGUUUCCUUAACUUGGUUCUCUUGCUCUGUUUUUUUUUAUUUAAAUUAUUUUCUCUCCGGUGAUGAUCAGAUCAGAUCCGGAGGAGAAAUAUUUUAUUAACCGUCCGAUGUGUGGACUUUGACUGAGACUGUAAGAUUUCUUCAGAUGGGGCAGUGUUACGGCAAAACUAAUUCAACUAACAUAAAUGACGCAACAACCGUCACAAUCGUCGCUUCCUCCACCGAUCACAACCAGCAAACGCCGUUACCUUCCUCCACCCCGCGUAACGGCGUGCGCUCGUUGAAGUACUCGGCCAGUUCCUCCUCCACGCACCCGAGCCCCUGGCCGAGCCCGUAUCCACAGGGUGUCGCCGCCAGCCCGCUUCAAGGAGUGUCGCCGUCUCCGGCGAGGUCGUCUACGCCCAGGAGAUUUUUUAAGAGGCCGUUUCCCCCGCCGUCGCCGGCAAGGCAUAUAGCGGCGUCGUUGGUGAAGAGGCUUGGUGGUAGAGGGAAGCCGAAGGAGGGACCAAUCCCGGAGCACGGCAGUGUGGAGGCGGAGCAGCAGCAAGAGCAGUCGCUUGAUAAGAGUUUUGGAUAUAGCAAGAAUUUUGGAGCUAAGUAUGAGUUAGGGAAGGAAAUAGGAAGAGGGCAUUUUGGUCAUACUUGCUCUGCUAGAGUUAAGAAAGGUGAACUUAAAGAUGAAGCUGUUGCUGUCAAGAUUAUAUCAAAAGCAAAGAUGACUACCACUAUAUCAAUUGAAGAUGUUCGUAGGGAGGUAAAAAUACUGAAAGCUCUAUCGGGACAUAGGCAUCUGGUCAAAUUUUAUGAUGCAUUUGAGGAUGCCAAUAACGUGUACAUAGUGAUGGAAUUGUGUGAGGGAGGGGAGCUUUUAGACAGAAUUUUGGCAAGAGGAGGAAGGUACACAGAGGAAGAUGCAAAAGCUAUAAUUGUGCAAAUCUUGUGUGUGGUAGCAUUUUGUCAUCUUCAAGGCGUUGUACACCGUGACCUAAAACCAGAGAAUUUCCUUUUCACUUCUGGUAGUGAAGAUGCUGACAUGAAGCUUAUUGAUUUUGGUCUUUCUGACUUUUUUAGGCCAGAUGAAAGAUUAAAUGAUAUUGUUGGAAGUGCAUAUUAUGUUGCUCCUGAAGUCCUGCAUAGAUCUUACAGUCUUGAAGCAGAUAUAUGGAGCAUUGGUGUUAUUACCUAUAUCUUGUUAUGUGGAAGCAGGCCUUUCUGGGCACGGACUGAAUCAGGGAUUUUUCGUGCAGUGCUGAGAUCUGAUCCCAACUUUGAAGAUCUACCCUGGCCUUCUGUCACUCCAGAGGCCAAGGAUUUUGUGAAGAGACUUCUGAACAAGGACUACAGGAAAAGAAUGACUGCUGUCCAAGCUCUAACUCACCCAUGGUUGAGGGAUGAUGGUCGUCCUAUACAUGUAGACAUAUUGAUCUACAAGCUAGUCAAGGCGUACUUACAUGCUACACCUUUUAAACGUGCAGCACUAAAGGCUCUCUCAAAAGCUUUGACUGAGGAUGAGCUUUUCUAUCUUAGAGCUCAAUUCAAUCUGCUAGGGCCAAAUGGUGAUGGAAGUGUUUCACUGGACAAUUUCAGAAUGGCUUUAGUACAUAAUGCAACUGAUGCCAUGAGAGAGUCGAGGGUUCCUGAAAUUCUCAAUGCGAUGGAAUCCCUUGCUUAUAGGAAGAUGUACUUCGAAGAGUUUUGUGCUGCUGCUAUCAGCACAUAUCAAUUAGAGGCUCUUGAGGGGUGGGAGCAGAUUGCCUCCACUGCAUUUGAGCAUUUUGAACAGGAGGGUAACCGAGUCAUCUCUGUUGAAGAAUUGGCGCGGGAACUAAAUGUAGGCCCUUCUGCCUAUACAGUCAUCAAAGACUGGAUCAGAAGCUCAGAUGGCAAGCUUAGUGUACUUGGAUAUACAAAAUUUUUACAUGGUGUGACACUGCGUAGCACAAAUACGAGACACCGUUAGUUUUUUAGCUUUUGACCUAUAUUUUUUUUUUUCAAAAAAAUUGUGGCAUUGGAAGACUUGGAGGGGUUGUUUUUCGUGGGUGGGGUUACAGAAAAGUGUGCGCAAGUGAAUGUAUUGUUAGCCGAGUCAUUUCUGAGAUUGCUGGGGCGAAUUUUUAAUUUAUGUUUGUCCGUGGCUCAUUUCUUAUUUUUGCAAAAAGAAAGAAAGAAAAGAAGAGAAGUCGAGCAUAGUUUUUUAAUAAAUUAGUUUCAGUCUGGAUUACUGCCAUUAUUCAUCAAA